AUGUAUGGACGUCUAAGAGAUAGAGCAGCAGCAGCAAAGCCUCCCCCCUCUCCUGCUGCUGCUCCUGCUGCUCCUGCUGCUGGUCUUAUGGGUCGCCUAUUGAAUCGUAGUCCCUUUAGGCGUCAGCAGCCGCUGCAGCAGCAGCAGCAGCCGCUGCUGCUACCUAGUGGUGGUGCAGCAGGAGGACCUGCAGCAGCAGCAGCAGCAGCAUUAGGUCGUCCUCUCCCUCCUGCUGCACAAAUACCUAGACAAAGAAUUAGUAUGCAGCAACCAAUACGUCCCCUACAGCAGCAGCAGCAGCAGCAGCAGCAGCAAAUGGGUCGUGGAGGUAUGGUUGCUGCUGCUCUCCGUCCCUCUAGUUGGGGUCCUUCUAUGGAGCCAGGAGCAGCAGGAAGAGGAGGAGGAGCAGCAGGAGGAGGAAGAGCAGCAGCAGCAGCAGCAGCAACAACAACAACAGCAAGACUAGAAGAUUUACUACCAGGAAAAGAUACAUUACCUGCUGCUGUUGCUGCUCCUCCUAUUGAGCAGCAGCAGCAAGAGGAAGCAGCAGCAGAGGAGGAGAUAAUACAAGUAAUGAAGAAUAAUAUGCAUGCAAAAGAAGAAGAUAAAGCAGCAGCAGCAGCAGAAAUAGCAGCAGCAGCAGCAAGAGCAGCAGCAGCAGAUGCAGCAGCACUAGGCAUGGAUAAGGUAGCAAUAAAGUUAUUAUAUGAUGAAGUAAGAGGACUGCAGCAACUGCAGCAGGAAAUAGAUAAACUACAGCAGCAGGAGCAGCAGCAACAAUUGCAGCAGCAGCAGCAGCAGCGGCUGCAGCAAAUGCAGCAGCAACUAGAUAAUGUGCUGCUUGCUGCUGCUGUUGGUCUUGAGGAUUUAUAUAAGCAAGAGGUUGCUCCCUUAUUAGAUCUUGCUGCUGCUGGUGCAGCAGAAGAAGAAGAAGAAGGAGAAGGAGCAGCAGCAGCAGCAGCAGCAGGAGGAGGAGGAGGAAUAGGAGUUAAAUUAUCUAUAGGAGAAGCAACAACAGCAGCAGGAGCAGCAGCAGCAGCAGCAGCAAUAAGUGCAGCAGCAGCAGCAAAAGGAUUAACAUCUAAAUUAAUAACAGAUAAGAGUAGUUGGGGAUACAUCAUUAUUAUUAUAUAA